AUGAGAGACCUUGUCCAGGUCAUUCCACGGGAGGGACAGCUCGAAACGAAUGUCACCGUGUCUCCCAAAAACUGCGAAAACGGAACAAUUCAGCAGUUGGAACACGUCCUGUUGACCGUGAACAUUACGUUCCCCCGCCGCGGCCACCUGCGAAUCGCGAUAACUACCCCCGAGAACACCACUUCCGUCAUCGUCCCCGGUAGGCCUACUGACGAGGAGCCGGACCUGGCCUGGACAUUCAUGACCAUCCACCACUGGGGCGAGAGGACGGAGGGAACAUGGCUUCUGCACGUUGAAAAUACCCAUCCUCAUCUGAACAACGCAGGCGUGCUGCAUGAUUGGGAGUUGAAGUUUCAUGGAACAAUAGAUACUGCAGUACAAGAUGGUGAAGUAGACAGCAGCAUCGGUCCAGUUUGUUGCGACUUUUUCGUUCGGGACAGCGCUGCCAUCACACACUCAACAACUUUAACCUUGAUUAAUCUUGUGCUAGUUUUGCUGUUCCACAACACCCAGUAAUCUCACCACGUCACAUCAUUACAGAAUCUCAUUGAUCUGUCAUUGUUCUGUACAUGUGUGAUAUCUGCGGGAUUGAUUGGUAAAAAAACCUCUUUAAUAGUCAUGCAAGGCGUGCUUGCUUCC